UUAAGGUGGACCCUGCCACUUUGGAGGACUUUCAUUGGCUCGACUUAUCGAAGUCGUCGCCAUUCUUUUUUCUUUCUAUGCUUGAGACAAAAGCAAACAAAUCCGAGAAAAUACAGCGAAAGCGCAGUGCUGUUCUCCUGCCUCCCUCGCUUCGCUAAUUCCUUCAGGGGAAUCCCAGAUCAGAUUCAGAGAGGACUCCGCAUCUCACUGUGAUCGAAUCGGGUGAAGACUUUGAGGUCCUGAAGGAGGAUGAAGAGAAAGAGGGACUUACGAGAUGCAGCGACGACAUCCGCUUGUGAUGAUGUCGGCACUUCGUCGGGGGCCGAAUUCGAGGUGUUCUUGAGUUUCAGGGGCCUCGACACCCGCCUCAACUUCACCGAUUGCCUCUAUCACUCCCUGGUUGGAGCUGGAAUUCGCGUUUUCAGAGACAAUGAAGAGAUCCGAAAGGGCGAAAAGAUUGGAGGCGAGCUUCUACAUGCCAUCAAAUCCGCCAAAAUACUCGUCCCCGUCUUCUCUAGGAACUAUGCAUCCAGUGCGUGGUGUCUUCGCGAGCUCACGCACAUGGUGGAUUGCUCAAGCAAAGCGAAUGACAAAGUGAUCUUACCCAUUUUCUAUGACGUGGAUCCCAAUGACGUGAAGCUCAAAACUCGAUUGUACCUUGACGAUCUGGAGAAGCAUGAGGAGAAGUUCGGCCGUGAUAAUGUUCGGCGAUGGAAAGAGGCUCUGACCCAGGUCGCAAGAAUCAAGGGAUGGGGCUUGAAUGACAAAGGUUAUGGUGAAAUCAUCAACACUAUUGUUGACGAGGUUUUCAACAAGCUGAAGAAAAGAAGGAGAAAUAUGCCUGAUCGUUUAGUCGGGAUCCAUGAUCAUGUGGAAGCUAUCAAGGACUUGUUAAAGAAAGGUUCUCCUGAUAUUCAUUACCUGGUCAUCCAUGGAAUGGGCGGUAUUGGUAAGACAACUCUCGCAAGUGCUGUCUUUAAUCAAAUCUCCAAUGGAUUUGAAGGUUGUAGCUUCCUAUUGGAUGUUCGUGAAUCUGCGCAGCACGGUGGAAUUAUCGACUUACAAAAGCAAUUGUUAUCAGAUAUUCUCCAAGGCAGAUCUCUAGCAACCCACAAUUCUGUUGAUGCAGGGAUUGACAUAAUUAGUGAAAGGUUUCGUAAUAAGAAAGUUCUCCUUAUUCUUGAUGAUGUGGAUAAGUGGGACCAACUCUCUAAACUAGCAGGAAAUAGCGAUUGGUUUGGUCCAGGAAGCAAAAUCAUCAUUACAACGAGGGACAUCAACUUUUUGCCGAUCAAAGUGAAGGGCGAAGAGAGUAGUUUCCAAGCACAUUCCGAACAGUUUGAAAUCUAUGAAAUGACACAAAUGGAUUCUUUUCAUUCUCUUCAGCUUUUUAGUAAACAUGCCUUCGGGAUGGACUUCCCACCACAUGACUAUGAUGAUAUCUCACACAAGAUUACUCGCAAAACAGGUGGGCUUCCAUUAGCCCUUGAGGUUAUCGGCUCCUCACUUUUCGGCAAAAGCAAACAAUUUUGGAAAGACACGCUGAGGAAAUUAGAUUUGGUGCCCAAGCAGGAAGUCUUCAAUAAAUUAAAGAUUAGUUAUGACAUGUUAGAGCAUAGUCAGAGAGAUAUCUUUCUUGAUAUCGCAUGUUACUUCAUUGGAAAAGAAAGACUCCAUCCGUACUAUAUGUGGAAAGCUUCGAACUAUUUCCCAAAAAGUGAAGUAAUUGUCCUUACUCGCAUGUCGUUAAUAAAGAUACAAGAAAAUGAUACCUUGUGGAUGCAUGACCAACUUAGAGAUCUUGGAAGAGAAAUUAUUCAACGUGAAGAUGUCAAUAUUCCUGGAAAGCGCAGCAGGUUGUGGGUGCCCGAGAUUGCCUUGGAUACGGUUAAGAUGAGAGAGGGGACAAACAGAGUCGUAGCACUCAAUCUAACCGGACUCUCCCAAGUGCAAAAUUUCACGAGUGAAGAAUUUUCGAAGUUGCCCAAUCUGAGAUUUUUGGAAUUAGAGGGUGGCAACAUGGUAGGGGACUUUAAAAAUCUUCUCUCCAAGUUAAUAUGGCUCUCUUGGAGUGUUUGCCCGUCGAAAUUAAAAGCGACGAAUUUAUGUCUCAAGAAACUAGCCGUGCUCGAGCUUUCAGGAAGUAACAUUACUGAAAAUUGGCCCGGAUGGGGGCCAUGCCUGGUGAGCGAGAACUUGAAAGUUAUACGAAUCACCGGUUGCUCAAGGUUAAAAAGGAUUCCUGACUUCUCAAAAUGCUUGAAUUUGAAGAGAUUGAUUCUUCAAGGUUGUAAAGCAUUGCUAGUGGUUGAUGGCUCUCUCUCAAAACUAGAGCAUCUAAAGCACAUGCAAAUCAACUCACAACAACUUCGUUUGCAUCAGUGUGAUGAAUUUGAACAGUUGCCAGAGCUCCCUGUGAGUUUGAAGGAGUUGAAGUUCUCAUCUCAUUUAUUGCCAACAGUUCCUGACUUUUCAUACCUAACUAACUUAGUCCAUCUUCAUAUAUGGAGCGACACUCCUGGAUUGUCAGAAGGAGCUCUAAAGAUAGAGUGGAUCAAGGGGUUAUCUAAUCUAGAGAGACUGACACUCGUCAUGAGAGAUGUCACAUUUCCUCUGAUUAAUUGGGCUACUCUUUAUCAGCUUCGUAUUCUGGAGAUAACUUGUGUUGACCCUCAAUCUAUGCUGGGACUUCCAUCCAGUCUUGAAAAAUUGACUCUACACGAUGUCAAUUCACCGAUGGAAAGGUCGCUCUUUUGCGACUUGACGAAUUUGUCCAGUUUGGAACUUUGUAAAUGUCGGCUGAGGGAGGUCAGAUUCGAUGAUGUGCUUGGACAGCAGCUAGAGAAACUCCAUAGUUUGAAAGUGAGAGAUAGUGAAUUGCUUGAGAGGCUAUCCUUACGGGGAUUAAAGGGGCUCCAAUAUUUGGGCCUUUUUAACUGCCCAAGGCUAAUAAAACUUGAAGGCGUGGGGGAAUUAGAGUCGCUAGAGGAAUUGUCUUUGCUCGGGUCCAAAUCCUUAAAAAAGCUUACUGAGCCACUAGCAUUAGAAAACCUACGGCGACUGUGUCUCAUUCGGUCGACAGCUUUUGACCGAUUAAGGUCUUCCACACACGAGUCAUUUGACGCUUGAAAGAAUGUGGGAUUUCGCCUGCCUUCGACGGCCAUUACAAAGAAAGGAAGGAUACUCGAGUCAUAUUGUGGACGAUAUCAACAGCCAACUCCAGAAAGGAAGAAUAGUCUUCUAUUCUCUUACGGUGUAGCACGGCAGUGGUUCGUAUCAAACAGGAGUACAAGACGUUGCGUCUGCACUGCUUGGACACCCCCAAGGAGCUCCAGCGCAGGAUUAUCGCGGUUCAGGGUACCCAGCCAGCGCCAGGACAGAGAUCCAUUGGCCAUCUUAAUUGGCAUAGUACUCUUGUCUUAUGUUCUUUGUGAGGACUAGCGAAUUGAAGUCAUGAUUUGAUUACACUUGUGAUUGUUAUAGAUUCUUCUCUUGAAUUUCUAGGAAGAAAAUAAAAACGAUUUUUCUCUUGAA